AUGCCUCCUAAGAGAAUUUUAACACCUGAAGAUGCAGAAAACGUUAAACGCAGAAGAAAUGAAGGUCUUCGUAUACGUCGGACACAUAUGACUGAACAACAAAGGGCAAGUCAACGUAAUAAGAAUACUGCAAACAAGCGAAUUUCAAGAGCCAAUAUGACAGUUCAGGAAAAAGAUCUCCAACGAGAUAUGCAACGAUCACGUUCUGCUGCCCGUAGAAAAAAUAUGACCGACGCUGAAAAAGCUCUUGAAAGGGUAAACAAUUGUGAACGUAUCAAAAAUAUUCGCAAAAACAUCACUAAUCAAGAUAACACAACGUACAACCAUUCACUAUUUAUUGAAGACAAUGUACAGAUGCACACAUGUGGUCAACUUAACGUUUUGUGCAACUUCUGCAUGGCUAAGCAUUUUCUAGAGGAACAACCAAGUGAUAAGCUCUUUAAUAAAUGUUGCAAUAAAGGCAAAAUCACAUUACCUGAUAUACGAAUUUCACCACUGAUCCAACAACUAAUGACCGGACAUCACACACAUUCAAAGAAUUUUAUGCAAAAUAUCCGUUCAAUCAAUAGUGCAUUGGCUUUUGCAUCAAUGGGAGCAAACAUUGCACCACCUCCAGGAUAUGGACCAUAUUGCUUCAGAAUAAAUGGACAAAUCUAUCACCGAUCUGGUGCCUUGCAUCCAGAAAAUGAUGAUCAACGAAAAUUUGCACAGCUAUACAUUUUAAGUCCUGAGGAAGCUGCAGACCAAAGAGCAGCGCUAAAAGAAAAUUCGGGGUGUCACGUUGAGCUUUUGAGGGAGUUAAGUUCAUAUAUGUCUCAGUGUAACCCUUUCGCAGAGGCAUGUAAAAUGCUCUAUGAGGUAGAGCAAGAAUGCAUCCAUGAAGCCUCUUUAAAUGGAGUUCAACCUUCUGAUGUUUCAAUGUUAAUUCUUCAAGACAGAACAUCAGAUUGCCGAAGAUAUAAUGCACAAAAAGUUAAUGAGGUUGCUGUUAUUUUCCAAAAUACUGAUGGAGAACCACCUCUUGAACGCGAUCUUCUUAUUCAUUGCCGCUCUAUAGAUAAAACAAAAAAAACAGAAAGAAUAAGUGUCUUAGAUCCUAAUCUUGAACCAUUGCUGUAUCCUUUGUUAUUCCCAUAUGGUGACCAAAGUUGGGGUUCAAAUAUCGCUCUUAACUACAGGCCAACAUCAAUUAAUAAUGUAGAAAGAAGAACAACCACCAAUCCGAGGAUAAGAGUUAGUCAAAUGAAAUACUAUUCGUACAGGAUUUCAAUAAGAGAUCAAUUUAAUCCCUUCCUUAGUGCGGGCAAGUUGACAAAGCAGUACUUUGUUGAUGCUUAUGUCAAAACUGAGGCUAAUAUACUCAACUAUAUCCGUCAAAAUCAAUCUAAACUUCGCAUUGAAAAAUAUACAGGAUUAAUGGAUUAUAUUCAAAGUGAAGCUGCUGCACAGGGCUUAAUGCCUGGAAAAGCUGUUGUUUUGCCAUCAUCCUUUCAGGGAAGUCGGAAUAUGGCCCAAAACUAUCAUGAUGCUAUGGCCAUUGUCAGAAAAUAUGGAAAACCUGAUUACUUCAUCACCAUGACCUGCAACCCUAAAUGGCCUGAGAUAGUCGAAAAUGUGUUAGAAGGUCAAGCAGUGGAGUUCAGACCAGAUUUGGUUGCAAGAGUUUUUAACCUCAAAUUAAAUUCUCUUUUGCAUGAUAUCUUGAACAAACAUGUUCUUGGAAGUCCUUGCGCAAAAGUGCAUGUUAUAGAGUUCCAAAAAAGAGGUCUACCACAUGCUCAUAUCCUCUUAAUAUUGAAAGCUGAAGACAAGCCAAAUGAUGCUGAAACCAUUGACAAAUUUAUAUCAGCCGAAAUUCCAGAUGAACACCUUUAUCCCCGGCUACAUGCUAUUGUAAUAAAGCAUAUGAUACACGGUCCCUGUGGGGAACAUAAUUUAAAUUCUCCGUGCAUGGUGGAUGGCAACUGCAGCAAAAAUUUUCCUAAACAAUUUCUCCAACAAACUUUACUUAAUGUUGAUGGAUAUCCUCGAUACCGGAGGCGAAAAAAUGAGACCACAGUAAUUGUCAAUGGGAGAAAAAUUGACAAUUCUUGGGUAGUUCCAUAUAGCCCAUACUUCUGCUUGAAGUACAAUUGCCAUAUAAAUGUUGAGAGUUGUGUUUCUAUCAAAAGUGUUAAAUAUCUCUUCAAAUAUGUAUACAAAGGUUAUGAUUGUGCAAAUAUUUCCAUUAAGGAACAUGCCACACUAUAGCAUGAUGAAAUACAAAUUUUUUUAGAUUCAAGAUAUGUCAGUGCUCCUGAAGCUGUUUGGAGAUUGUAUGGUUUUCUGAUGCACCAUCAAACACAUACAAUAAUAAGACUUCAAGUCCAUCUUCCAGGUGAACAAGAUGUAUAUUUUUAUAAUGAUAACAUACAAUUAGCUGCAGAGAAGGCCCAAGACAGGGAUACCACUUUGACAGCAUACUUCAAGUUGAAUGAUGAGACUCAUGCUGCACGGGCAUUUUAUUACUCUGACAUUCCUCAACAUUAUGUAUUUGAUGUAAAAACCCGUAAGUGGAAUCCAAGACAAAGAGGAGCAGAUACAACAAUUGGCCGAUUGUACUAUGUUAAUCUUUCAUCGGAUUUAGAGAGAUUUUGUUUGAGGUUACUACUCCUGCACGUAAAAGGAGCAAAAUCCUUUAGGGACCUACGCUCUGUUAAUGGACAAGUUUGUCACACAUUCAAAGAAGCUGCCCAAAAGCUUUCACUUUUACAUGAUGAUGCUACCUGGGAUUUUACACUUAACGAAUCAGCAUCUCAACAAAUGCCUAAACAAAUGAGGGAACUGUUUGCUUAUUUGUGCAUCUUUGCUGUCCCACCUAAUGUCCCACAACUCUUUAAAAAAUACAAACAAGAUCUUUAUGAAGAUUUUUCAUGUCAUGAGGGCCAUGUGGAUGAUUGCGCAAGUUGUAAAGAUUUUGCUUUAACAGACAUUUUAAAUGUUCUCAUAGUACAUGGUAAACGUUGUGAAGAUUUUGGACUACCCAAUCCAUCAAACUUCAUUCCAGACAUGCAAUUUAUCUAUGUUGCACAUUUGGAAGCCCAAAUUGGAGCACAACUUCAAGAAGCACUAAAUAUCGAACAAAAAGCUGCCUUUGACGCUCUUCCAAUUCCAUUACUGGACACAUCAACAUCAAACAUGAGAAUGACUUCAAAAGAUGCUGAGCUCAUACGAAAUGCUCAAUUGCUGAUUUGGGAUGAGGCCUCAAUGGCACCCAGUAUAGCUCUAAAAUGUGUAAAUAUGCUCCUUCAGGAAAUUAUGCAAAACAACAAGCCAUUUGGCAGAAAAGUAAUUCUCCUUGGUGACUUUCGACAAACACUCCCAGUACUUCCUCAUGGCAAUAGAUCUGCUAUUGUGGAAGCUACCAUAAAAUUCAAUGAUCACUGGGAUAAAUUCAAAAUUUUGAAAUUGCAAAAUAAUGUGCGAUCGGUGGAUCCAGAAUUUAGUAACUGGCUACUACAAUUAGGACAGGGUUCAUUAAAUAACUCAGAGGGCCUUCCUGAGGAUUUAAUUGAGAUUCCUUCCAAAUUAAUAUGCCACGAUUGUAUCAUAUCUGAAAUUUUUGGAAAAAGACUUCUUCCAUCUGAUCUUCCAAAUUUUUCAAAAAAGGCAAUUUUGUGUACAAAAAAUGCUCAUGUUGAUCAAAUCAAUGAGCAUGUAUUAAAUAUACUCGAUGGUGAUGAAAAAACAUACCUAAGUUCAGAUUCAAUUGACGAUCAGACAGAUGAAGAUACUCAAAACUAUCCCAUAGAAUUUCUAAAUGAAUUAGCUCCAUCAGGAAUGCCUCUUCAUAAGCUAAAAAUUAAAUUGGGAAGUAUUAUUAUGUUGCUUAGAAAUCUUAACACAAAAAGAGGUCUGUGCAAUGGAACAAGAUUAAUAGUUAAAGAUCUUAAGCCCAAUCUAAUAAUUGCAGAGGUGCUCACAGGAACAGCUCAAAACCAGAUGGUUUUUAUCCCACGAAUAGAUUUAGCCCCUGCCAAUACUGAACUACCAUUCAUUUUACGAAGGAGACAGUUUCCAAUCAAACUUGCUUUUGCAAUGACCAUUAACAAAUCACAAGGUCAAACAUUAGACAAAGUUGGAAUAUUCCUUCCGGAGCCAGUGUUCAGUCAUGGACAACUUUAUGUUGCAUUGUCUCGAGUUCGAACAUCAUCUGAUUUUUCCCAUUUGUAA